AUGGAACUCAAGACCCUGAUCGUUCAUGUCAAGCUUGCUCGAUACAUGGCAGUUGCCUUGUUCAUUUUGCUUGCCUUGUUCAUUUUGGCAGUCAAUGUUGGGCUCAAGGCUAGCAUUGAUCUUAAGCGCGAAGCUGGGAUGGAUCCCCAUGCGACAACACUCCCUUGGACCCUCCCGGGCGUCUCCCCAUUCCACAUGGCCUGCCCCUCCGCCCCCAUCCUCCCACAACCUCCCUCUGACGAAGCGAGUGCUCGCCACGCUACUCCAACAUCGUCACUAGACUAG